GGUAUCUGUAAUUAACCCAAAAUGUUGUUAUACAGCUAACCGUCUCCCGCGUAAUUUCAGAUUAUCCUCUGUCUAAUUCACCAAUGUCACUGUCGCUGAAAGUCACCUCUUCAUGCUCUGCAAAUCUACCAUUUCAUCACCUGGGUUUCAACAAGCUCCGUUAUUACACCUCAAUUUCUAGCUUUCCAGGGAAGCAUGUUUACUUUCAAAAAUGUCAUAUUUCGUCGCUAAAUGAGUAUCAUAGACGACGGCUCUUCUCAAUUAACGGCGAAAACAAUUUGAGUCAGCCUUAUCCAAAUGAUAUCAAUUCUGACAUUGAAGGUCCAGAAGAAGAAUCCGAGGCAGGUCAAAAAUUGCUCACAUCCAGCGAGAUAUUGAAAAAAUUGAAGAGAUACGGACUUUCUGGAGUACUUUCUUAUGGGAUUUUAAAUACUGUUUACUACCUCACAACCUUUCUUUUGGUAUGGUUUUACGUUGCUCCAGCACCUGGGAAAAUGGGUUAUUUUGCUGCUGUUAAAAGAUUUCUCAAAGUGAUGGCAAUGGUGUGGGCUGGGAGUCAAGUUACUAAGUUAUUUAGAGCUGGAGGGGCCCUUGCUCUUGCACCUUUUGUAGACACUGGAUUAUCAUGGUUCUCUGUCAAAUAUAAGUUCGAGUCUCAGGGAAAGGCUUUCAUGGCAGCAGUUGGUUUCUGUUUUGGACUUGCCUUCAUCCUAUUUUUGGUUGUAACGUUGCUUUGGGCGUAACAUCAUAUCCGCAGUUUUGUUUGAAGCAGCUAGGUGAUGUUCUCAUAUUGCCGAUUUCUUUCAUGUUCUCAUCAUCUGUAGCCAAAUUUUGCUCGUUUUACCAAUUUCCCUUUUUGCAAAUUAGUGGUCGAAAUGUUUGACAUAUUUCGUCGACAGAUAAAGAUGAUGAGUUGCUACAUGCAAAGACGAGCUAUAGCCUAUAAGAGGCAGUUCUAGCUUUCAUUU